CUACUUCUCUCUUUUCUUGAUUAAUCUCUACAUUAUACACGACUAUCCAUCAUGAGACUCGGACUCUCCACCGUUACCACUGUUACUAUAGCUGUCCUCUCCUUUACCCUGGUUAUCCAAGCUGUCGAACUCAAAGAGCCGGCUCUUUUAACAGUGAAUCCAGAAACCUCUUUCUUUAUUCCGGCUGAUUCUACUCCAUCACAAGGCGAAAAGGCUGUGAGCUUGGGUUCCAAAUACUGCCUCAACUUGAGUGGACAAUUGUUGAAGCCUUUCCCACAGAAUUCGGAUUUGCAUAUUUUCUUCUUCAAUUCAACCGAGGUCGUUAAAGAAGUCAAAACACCUCUUUGCUCAACUUUGGUGUCUGCUCCUUCCAUUACAGGAUGCUCUAAAGCUGAAGUUACUAAUGGAACUAUCUCGAGUUGCGUAAUGAUUGAUAAGUUUGAUGUUGAACCUUCAUCUGGCCAGGAUUUUUGA